AUGGCGUCGCCCGCGCCCUUGCUACGUCCGCCCAUUCCGGGUGCCAACCGCCAGCAGUCUGGCAAGGUGCCACGGCUCGGUCUGGCGAUACCUGCAUCCCCAAGUCAGCGUCCCGUCCACAGCAAUGCCGCACCUCCCAUGUCCGAGAACCCUGCCAUGCCUCCUCUCUCCAUUCCCCGCCAACAGCCUCCGAAACUGAGUCUAGCGACGCCAAUGGGGACAGCACACACCCCUCAAGAGAACGCGCAGCAUAGGCGGAGGGGACCUCCUCUACAAAUAUCUGGCAGUGGGGGCAGUAGUGACGAUUCGGCACAUAGCCGCACAAACAGUUUCGGUGCCAAUACCACGCAGAAUGGCUCCGUGUCAACCACCUCUUCAUAUUCUGCCUACAACUUCGUCGAGAUGCUGCGCAGCGACAAAGACCCUCAAUCAGCGACCGGCUCACUGUAUAGCAGUAGCUCGGCUCACUCAGGAGGUGUGGGUAUGGAAAGAGAGAACAGCAUGCAGGGCAUACUCCCUGAUCUCGAGAAACUGAGUCUGGAAAAGGGUCGGCCACUUGAUGUAGAAGAUCUCGAUGAUGCGGGCUGGAAGGCUGCGAAGAAGGAGGGUCGCAUUGUAGAACUUGGCAGCUUAGGCGAAGGUGCUGGUGGUGCAGUGACACGAUGCGUAUUGAAAGGAGGCAAGACCGUGUUUGCGUUGAAGGUCGGUAUAGUAGUACCCAUCAUGGACGCCCGGGCUAACAGAGUACGCAGAUCAUCACAACAGACCCCAACCCCGACGUGAAGAAACAGAUUGUUCGUGAGCUCUCUUUCAACAAAUCUUGCGCAUCAGAACACAUCUGCCAGUACUAUGGUGCAUUCAUGGACGACACAGCUGGAACAAUAGGCAUUAGUAUGGAGUUCUGCGAGGGCGGCUCACUUGACAGCGUGUACCGAGAGGUGAAGAAGCUGGGUGGUCGGACUGGCGAAAAGGUGCUCGGCAAAGUGGCAGAAGGCGUACUGAACGGUCUGACAUACCUACACGGCCACCGAAUCAUCCAUCGCGAUAUCAAGCCUUCUAAUAUCCUCCUGACCCGGAAAGGACAGGUCAAGCUCUGCGACUUUGGUGUGAGUGGAGAAUUCGGCACCAAGGGCGACGCGAAUACUUUCAUUGGAACAAGCUACUAUAUGGCACCCGAGCGUAUCACUGGACAAAGCUAUACCAUCACGAGUGACGUGUGGAGUCUGGGUGUGACGCUCCUGGAAGUGGCACAGCAUCGCUUCCCGUUCCCCGCCGACGGUACUGAGAUGAACCCUCGAGCUGGUCUCAUCGAUCUUCUCACCUACAUCGUCCGGCAACCCAUUCCGAAACUAAAAGACGAGCCGGAGAACAAGCUCAAAUGGAGUGAGAAUUUCAAAUACUUCAUUGAAUGCUGGUAAGUGUUGAGAUAUUGCCUACCAUGCAAACCAUUUUUCGCUAACACAAUCACAGUCUCGAAAAGGAUCCCAACCGGAGAGCAACACCCUGGCACAUCACCAAACAUCCCUGGAUGGUCGAGAUGAAGACGAAACGUGUCGACAUGACGCAGUUCUUGCGAACGGUGUGGGAUUGGCAGGACGAAGAGGAGGCACUUUAA